AUGCAAUCAACAUCCUAAAGAAAUCUCUUGUUGACUAGUCCUAUUAAAUAUUAAACAUCUAUGAAAUUCAAUCAAACACCAAAUGAAACAGGAAAACAAAAAUAAUAUUUCAUAAAGGAUAAGGAAACUAUGUUUGAGGAAAUUCAAUCUCUCAAAUAAAGCAAGAACCAAUUGUUUAUUAACAUUAAGAAGCUACAAGCUUAAGUGUAAUAUUAUAAGAAAGAGGCUAUAUACAAGGAUGAGAGCAGUCCUCUUAAAAGUUCAUCCAGAUUCAAAUAAUUAUACUAGGAGAGAAUUGCUAAUCUAAAGGUUUAUAUAAAUAAAAUUGUAAGGAAGAAAAUUCUAAAUUGCAUUAACAAUUAGAAGAAAUAAAAGCAUUUGUGAACUCUCUAAAAAAUCCAUUAAUAUAAACUAAUUUAGAUAUAUUUUGUUUGUAGUUAUAAAAUGAUAAUCAAUAAUUGACAUAGUUAUUGGAAGAUAAAACAACUGAAUAUGAGGAACUUAAAGUAUUUCAAUUUAUUAUACUUAGAAAUCAAACAAUAAAUUAUUAAUAAAAUGUAAUGCUUUAUAAAUUUAAUAAAAUAAACUGAAAGCACUUAAUAAUUAAUUAUUAUUAGAGAUAAGUGAUUUAAAGAAAAAAUAGCAACUUUAUGAUGGUAGGAUUUCUUAAAAGGAAAUUCCUAGAGUAGAUGAAAAAUAUUAUUUAGAAUUAGAGCAAACAAAAUUAGAAUUGAGAAAAUCCUAAUAAUAGAUAAAAUAAUAAGAAUAAUUGUUUGAUAAUAAAUUAUCAUUAGAAUAAGAAAUAAUAGAAAAACUUGAAAGUAGAAAUAAAGAACUUUUGAAAACUAUUUCUCAUUUUGAAAAUAUGUAUGAAUAAGAAAAAGUCAAUUAUUAGCAAUUAUAAUAAUCAUAAAGAUUUAUUAGAAGAACAGUAAUACUUAAAACAAUUUAACAAGAAGAGCCAGAAAAAUAUAUUGAAUAAGAAACUAAAGUUAGAAAAUUGGAUUCUUUAGAAAAAAAAGAUAUUUUGCCAUUAGCAAGAAAGGUUCGAUUAAAUCUAAUAGCUUAAUAAAUAUCUUUAAAAUAGAUUGAUGAAUAUUUAAUUACUAAUUAAAUUCUUACUUUGUAGUAAUUAGAAGAGAAUUUGACUCAUCAAAUUUUUGGAUUAAAAGAUGAUGAAGAAAUUUCAUAAUUGGCUUCAUAUUUAGCAGAUCUUGAAAAUGGUGAAAUUGAAACUACAGCUUCAAGAGUUAAAAGUAUUUUUAAGAAUUUAAUGGAGAAUUAUAACAUAUUGAGUAAUAAUGAAUUAUAAGCUAUUAAUGAAAGUAUUUCAAUAAAACGAUGUUAAAUUAAUGAAUAUUUAAUAAAGAAACAUUCUCAUAUAUUUACAAUUGGAUAUAUAAGUAUUGAUGUAAGAUUAUUAAAUAUAAAGCAAUAUUUAGAAACAUUAUAUAAUCUAUAAAUUCAAUUAAGCAAAAAUGAAAUAGAUCAUUUAAUUGCUUUAAUUACAAAGAAUAAUAGAUAGCCAAGAAUCUUAUUGCAAUAGAUUUAUGCUCCUUUCUUUAUUUGUAAUGAGACCAAUUCUGAUGAUGAUGAAUCAACCUUUAAUUAACCUGUUAUAUAAUUGCAUAAUCCUAUGUAAUUAUCAGAGGAUGAGGAAUAAUAGAGUGAUCUAGACAUUAAAAUGUGUAAUUCACAGGAAUUAAGAAAGAAGAGUCAUGCUGAACUUUCAUAAUUUUGA